AUGUUUUAUUGUAAAAAAAUCCCCAAAUUCGAAUCACUUCCAGAUCACUUGGCGUUACCUUUGUUAUUAAUGCGCAAACAAAUAACCAAUCCAAUGCUCACAAUCACUAAAAUCGACGAUGAUAAGAGUCCAGACAAAUGCGAUAGAAAGAUAUUUUGCCCGGAUUGUGGAAGAGCCUACAAGUUAAAAAGUUCCUUGAGAAACCACCAAAAGUGGGAGUGUGGAAAAGAACCUCAAUUUCGGUGCACAUACUGUGGAUACAAAGCUAAACAAAAAAUGCAUAUUACAAGACAUAUUUUAAGGAUGCACAAAGUUAUUGAUUACUCGCUGGUCAAAAACGAGAUGGUUGAUGUUGAUAACUAA